AAUGCGAUGGAUAUUCCACGCAUCAGAGUUGAUGAGAAGGCAUUUCGUUGGGCGUUGAAUGAAGAUGCGAUGGCAACGGAGAAACUUGCUGAAGGAAUUCGUAACUUCUCCAAGGAUGCCAGAGCUCUGGAAGACAUUGUCAAAGAAAUGCUUUAG